UCCCGAGCUCCGGGGAUGCCGCUCGUGAUGGGGGGGGGGGGGGGCUUGGGGAAUGGAAGGCUGGGGGCUCGUUGGAAGCUGGGGUGGGGUGGAGUGGGCGGGCGGGACAAGCACCCAGCGGCCGGAGCCAGGCGCUUCCCGGGGCUCCUCCUCCUCUCUGGCCGCAUCCCCAGCGCCUGCACAAUAGAGACUCCGCCCCCCCGAGCCAGGCUCACCCGCCCUUGCCCGCGGCCCUCCGCGCCCCGCCGCCCCGCCCCGCCCCGCGCCCCGGGCUCCGAGCCCUGCGCCCCAGCCGGUGCGAACGCGCCCAGCACCCCGCCGCUCUGUGCGCCCUGCACCCCACUGGUUGCCGCUUCCUGUACCCCGUGCUCCCUGUGCCAGGUGCCCUGCGCCCCGGAGCCCCGCUGUUCGCCCGCCUCCCACCUGAGCCCCCUCCCAGGACAUGACCAGGGGCCCCGGGGCGCAGCCGCCUGCCCUACUUGGCAGCACCCAGCACUAGACGGCGCCCCCGGAGCCGCUGUCAGCUUCAGUCUCAGACCUCACGGCCCCCACCCCCCACUCUCCACCCCCGCCCUCGCCGCCAACCCCAUGGCCACGCCGCUGCUGCUCCUGCUCUGCCUGGCUCUGCUGGGGGCUCCGGCCAGGGGCGCAGGCACUGCGCCCACGGGGACCAGCGAGAGCCCAGAUGGGCCAACGGCGGCGCCCACAGAGGGGGACACGCUGCAGAAUGAGGAGGACAACCAGGAGAACGUCCUGUCCCAGUUGCUAGGAGACUAUGACAAGGUCAAGGCCGUGUCUGAGGGCUCUGACUGCCGCUGCAAAUGCGUAGUGAGGCCGCUGGGCCGAGAAGCUUGUGAACGGGUGCAACAAGGAACUACUCGGAAGGAUGACUUCUACACAGUGGAAACCAUCACCUCUGGGCCUGCCUGCAAAUGUGCCUGUGUGGCACCGCCCUCAGCCCUCAACCCCUGUGAGGGUGACUUCCGGCUGCAGAAACUGCGGGAAGCAGAUAGCCAAGACCUGAAGCUGGCUACUGUCAUCGACAUGCUAGAGGGAGCCUUUUAUGGCCUGGACCUGCUGAAGUUGCACUCUGUCACCACCAAGCUGGUGGGGCGCAUGGACAAGCUGGAGGAGGUAAGAAGCGGCCUCAUUUCCAUUUCUCUCCCCUGGAUCAAGCCCAAACAGACAUCGGACACCCCAAGGCAUUUUUCCAAGAAAGCAUAGGACUUCACCCAUUCAUUCCAUUCUUCAAAAAGAGAAAAUAUUCAGAAGUCACCCUUUGGGAGCCAUGCCACAUUG